UUUAUAACCUUAAAAUAUUGAACCACCGUGACGGCGAAUAGGUUAGGUUGUCCAGCGAUACGAACGAGGUACUGGUGGGUACCUGAUGAUGUUCCAUCCUUGUAGUAGAUGUACAUUAACUUUUCACUCGAGCAACAGCGAUAAAAAUUAACAAUACACCGACGAAGUCAAGUCUUCUGGAUUUUGUAAUAUUUUGACCUGCCAUUAGCGAUUCGAUGAUUAUCGGCUUGCCAGCAGCAUUUUUCAACAUUGACGGAUCCUGUGGGAAGUAUUCGAAGGAUGUAAUGUUCAUAAGUGAUUGUUCGUGACGGUAAAAGACAAGUUUCGAAUGAGAAAUAUCCGUUAAAAAUUUCAGCUUCUGUUUAAGAUGGAGGAAUCAUUAGAGCAUUUUCCUUUGACAAUACGAAAAAUUUUAUUAAAGAAGGAAACAGAGUAUGGUCAACUGAAAUUUAUUUCGUCUCGGGCUACAGAAGAGACUGCACGUUUUAUCGAUGAAUUAUUAGAAGAAAUUACAAAGAUUGCUCAAACCUUGAACAUGUACAAUGCUAAGUUAUUCUAUGAGAAUGACAGUUCCGAACCAUCCUCCAUCACGCCGUUGAUCAUUGGCGUUUACAACCAUUUUAUAUUAAAUACUGGCUUCUCUUCACAACCUUUCCUCAUAGAGGACUUGAUGUCUGGCCAUUUGGUCCAUUCCUGGCCUACUCUAUCGCCGUAUCUUUUCAUACAGAUAAUAUGGCACAUCAAGUGCGAGGAUUUGCUGAUUGAAUCGCUCGUGCAUCUUCCAUUGGACCUAUGCAUGGAUAUUCUGGAGAUAACUAUCAGAUGCAUAAACGACCUGGGAAUUGUGCGAGCCAGACGCUUCGCUUUCCUUCUGAUCUCCAAAUUGUAUUACAAAUGCCUGUGGCUGCACUUAGGCACGCUGUCACAACAUGAUAUAAUGGAACUCGUCUAUCAAUUGGUAGCGCAUUUUCAGGCAUUGCUAAAUCUCGUUAGCUCAAAAUUUGUUACUCCCACGUUAUCAGAUCAGGAAAAAUACGUGCAACAUGGUAUUCUUCUAAAAGAAAUUCUUCGCUGCGUCAAAACGUGCAUGCGCUACAAGACCAAGAAUUUCCCAGUCAAAAACGAAGAGAUGCAAUUAUUUGAGAUCACGUAUGGUAAUCCCAACGGCAGUACGGAUUAUUUUUGCAAGCUCCCUAUCGACAAGUCAAAGUCUGUCAUAGCGACAUUGGACCAGGAAUUGAUUGCCUUACUUUUAAAUCAGAUCAAGCAAGUCGAUUGUUUCGAGUUCAUGGGCUGGGCGGAGGUCGAUGAUGAUAAUCAUGACGACGAGAACGUUACGAUUUCGCUGCAACGCGCCGUCAUCAUCGAGUGUCACUACUUUAUGGAGUUUAUGAAACGGGAUGAAUUUUUGUCGGCGAACGAUCAUCUGCUCCAGUGUCUGGAGCAACUUGUGGGUCCGAAUAAACCCGAGGAGCCUGUUUUGACACUCGAAGAACUUUGUAACAGUAUUGAGAACGGCAAAUUGGAUAAUAUGAGGGAACUGAUCAAGUAUUACAGAAAGUGGGAUCUGUCUGUAUUGAAAUUUGUCAGCGGUAAAAGAGAAUUGUUAAGCACGAAGGACGUUGGUGUUCUACUUGAAUAUCUUGAUUAUAUGUUCGCACGUAAGCACGAUUUUACAGAGAAGCACCAAGCCUACUUAUCUGUAUUGAAGGUAUUGAUGGCGCAAAAACUCUCCGAUAUGUACAAUAUCGUACUACAUUACACAGUGCAGCACUUUCAUAACAAUCGUUUAGAGCUCUUGUUCGAUAACGAAUCCUUUAAGAGGUUUAUAGAAAGUAAUGUGAAUAUGCGUGAUCAUCAGACUUUGUGUAUCCUUUUGACCUUUGUUAUGCUGAAUCCGAAGAGAGUGUUAAGCACUCUGGUGAGUGUCGCAAUAGGCAGUACCAAUAUAGAGUAUCAAAAUGUUAUGUUUAAAAGGCCCCAGAUGCAUUUUCUAUAUUCGUUUCUCGUUUUGAGAUUAAGCGAUCAAAGUAACUUACUGACGUACAUUCUCAACGAUAUCUGGCGACACGAUCACUCUACAUGGUGCUACAAGCAAUUUGAGGCUUUCAUGAAUGACAUGCUUCAUUAUGAGACAAUAACUCCGGACGAUCUGCUAAGCAACGUUUAUAUUUCGUGCCUGACUGGGGAUGCUUUCAAUUGCUCGAAUUUGCUCUCUGUGCUGAUACACAUGUACUCUGUCCUGAAGAAAAACGCCAAGUGCAAAACAAAUCACGUGUUGCUGAUUACAGAAUUAAUCAACAAGAUGUCAGUAAUAAGAAAAUGCAACCCAACGCACCUAAGGAGCACCGUGAAUAAUUUGUUGGAUCGCGGAACGAUGAUAUUGAACUUUCUGUUCGCCUCGUUGGACCUGACGGUGAACAGUCAGAGCGAGAUCAUCAGCAAGGUUAAUAAUUUCGUGGAGCCAAUCGAUCAAAUAUUCCUGGCGCCCAAGUUACAGACAAUUCUACGCGGCACUGUGCAGGAUGUGAUUCAGAGCUACGAGAGACGUUGCCUCGCCACGUAUCAACUACUGUGCGCGAAUUCUGUGCAGGGCGACUACAACUUUCAACUCGACAAGAGGGUCUUGUUGCGUCACAUGAUGUUGCACGCCACCGAGGAAGAGUACAAGAAUUUUGCUAUCGAAUUGACGAUAGUGUCCUGGUCCUACUUUAGUUGGGCCAAUGAACUAGAGGCGUAUGAGAACGUGUUGCGCAUUACCGCCGAGGCGAUGCAGCUCGCUUUAAUGUUCACAGACACCUUUUCCAAAGACACGUUCGUUUCGCUGUUGCGUGCUCUCGUGCAUUAUUGUAACACGCUCUUACGCCUUAAGCACCAGAAUAUGUGCAAGCAUCAGGAAGCGAUCUUCAGUAUCCUAUCGAAAACUCUGUCCUCUCUGAAAAGUACAGUCGACGAGACGCGGUACGGCAAGAUGUACGAAAAUUUACUCGAGCAGAUCGACAACAUGAGCGUCAAUUCAAAUUCUGAGAUUAGAAAUUAUAUUCGUAGGAUCAGCGAAUUAAUCGAGGAAUACUUCGUUCCUGAAGAAAUUGAGAAUGAGAAAUCAAACACUUUAGAAUGCGAGGAAUCGCACUCCGCUCCUACUACAAGUGAGAUAGUUGACAUGUACAAGGCAUAUCAAUUUGUAUGCAAAUGCAUUGACGAUUCUUCAUAUGGAAAGAAAAUGCUUCGCAGUUGAUCAUCGAACAGACACAGAAUUUCAUAUUCUUGGACGGAUAAAUUAACUUUGAUAAAGUAUGAAAAGUGUUCGCAUGUUUUUAGGGGGAUAAUUUAAUAUAUAAAAGUAUAAUGUUAUUUUUUCAAUGUUCCAAUCAAAAUAUAUCCCGUUUGCGAGAAACUACCUCAUUAUCGAUAUAUUGGAUAAAUCUUCCUUGCGUGAAAUCGAAAAAGAUCGAAUAUGAAAGUACUUUUUUAGUCACUAUAUGUAUAAUUAUUGUCGAGAGUAAUUUUUUAUGGAUUAUUUUUUAUAUUAUAUACUCUGUAUUUAGCUAUCUAACUAUAAUUAACUGUAUUCACAAAAUUACGUAUUGUUGAUUAAAUGUUUUAAAAAUUC